GUAAUCAUUACGUAAUUACAAAAAUAUCCUCCACGCCAUUUUCGUUUCCUGUAUAUAAAGAAGCUUCCACCUUUGCAGUUCCACCCGCAUUCCAUGUCCAAUCCUUCUCAUUUCUAGAGAGAGAAAAUUCAAUUUUUUUCAUUUCUGUGUGUUUUUUCUGAGUUUUUAGAGAGAGAAACUUUGGGGGUAUAUAAUUUUCUCUUUUCUCUUUAAAAUCGUUGGCGAAGAUGUUGGGAGUGUUUAGCAGUGCAAUAGUGUCGCCGCCGGAUGAGCUGGUGGCCGCCGGAAGCAGGACACCGUCGCCGAAGAUCACGGCGGAUGCUCUGGUGAACCGAUUCUUGCAGAACAAUCCGUCGGCGGUGUCGCUUCAGAUCGGCGAUCAUGCCCAACUAGCUUAUACUCACGCUAACGAGUCUCCUUUACAGCCCAGGUAAAUUUAAAUUAAAAUUAAUCGAUCAUCAAAUUAAUUUUACCCAAUUUAAUUGCUACUACAGUAACUACAAGUUAAAAACAAUUGAGAAGUCUUUUGACGACUAAAGAAUGAUCUGGACCGUUCAUCAAAACGGUGAUGAAUUCUGAUGAUGAAUGAUCAUAUAUGAUCAUGAUGAUCAAGAACUAACCUUGUUACCGUUUGAUCAUUAUUACGCCUAAUGUAUAUGGAUGUGGAUUUUACGGUGGUAAAUCGUUGAUAAUUACGAAGUAAUAAUCCAUUUACAAAACGUAAAAGAUCAUUUUGUAUGUUUUUGAUGGUUUUUAUAUGGGGAUGCGUGUUUUUAAUUGUUUCUCUGAAUUAAUUUAUUCAAUUUGAGAUUUUACCGCCAGCCGGUAAUUAAUAAGUUCUACUACAAAAAAAAAAAAAAAAAAACUGGAAUAGGUUAGAUAAAAGUAAAACUGUUACUUGUAGACUUCUUUUCCGAUUUUUGCCUCCGAAAUGGACUACCGGGUUAAUUUGGACUGUGGAAAAAGGCAUCAUUAUUUCUGCUUUCUCCAAAGGUGAUUCAAUCAGUAGAGAUCACAUAAAUAUGCUUUUUUCCUCUUUUUUUUUUUUUAAAAAAAAAGUGUUAUGAUAAAAGAAAAUGAUUUUUUUAAGGAAUUUUUAAGAUUUUCAUGAAUGAAAUAUUGAUGAUAUUUCUUUUUUUUUUUGUUUUUGUUUUUGGUUUAUAAUAUUGAUGAUAUUUCCCAUAUAAGAAAUGGCCUGCAAAGUGCAAACAAGAGAAUCGUGAUCCAACGGUCCUGUUUAGCUUGCAUGCUUCACACGUAACGCUGACCGCUGAUUCCCCCCAUCAUUCUAUCACCAUCCGUACACGUGUUAAUCAUAUAUAGGAUCCUACGGUACGAAAAAACCCACAAAAACAAUAUCACGGUAAUAUUUAUUGAAAAAAUAACCAUAAAUAAAAUGUGAAAAUUUGUCCUAUACUCGUUUUUACUAUCUUAAGUUGCAUCGUCAACAUUAAUGACGUAAUUAAUUUGACUACAUAAUGGCUUGCACUUGACUGCCACGUUUACCAUUGGUUGACAGCUACAUCUUAUCUUUUAACCAUGUGGGCCCACCCGCCCACUUGGCAACCUCUGGAAUCGGAAUCCCACGUUAGGGGGGAAUCCAGUAUUUUUUUUAUCUCGAACAGUUAAAAAAUUCCCAAACUCCUCUGUUUGGGAGAUAAUGCUUUGGAAAUUAUUUUUUUAAUUUAGUGUUUUAUUUAUUUAUUUAUUUUUGGUUCAUCCCGUUACUACUAAUAAUAAUAAUAAUAAUUCCAGUUUUAUUUUAUAAUCUGGAUUCAGUUUUUUUUUUUUUAUCUAUUUGAAUCAGUUUUUAUGUAGGGGAUCAUUGUUUGAUGUGAUCGAUGGGGUGUGUUGAUAGGGACAUUGAAACCGAUUUACAAAUCGUGUAAUACUCUUUUUCUCCCAAAAUUAUUAUCCAACAUGAAUUUUUAUUUUUAGUUCAAAUUGUACUAAGAAUAAAAAUUCAGAAUGGACAAUACUUUGGGAUCAAGGAGCAUAUUUUUUUUUUUGGGGACGAAAGAAGUACUUCAGUGAAAUUAGGAAAGUGUUGGUAUGAUGAGAAGCAAGAAUUGCUUGUUGAAGUAAUGUGUAACUUUCUUCAAAGUUUGGUGAAGACUAAUGACUUCUAGCUUCCAUUAGCUUAAGCAUAAACAAAAAAAGGGCUCAAUUUCAAUCUAUUGGAGGAGCAAUUUUGUUCACCUAAUUCAAGCCCCUCUUCUAACCUUUAUUUUAGCUACAAUUUCCUCAUUUAGUGAAAGAAAAAGUUGACAUUUUUUUAUUGGUGUAAAUAUUUGCAGAUCAUUUGCGGUGAAGGACGAUAUAUUCUGCUUGUUUGAAGGAGCACUGGACAAUUUAGGGAGUUUGAAGCAACAAUAUGGGCUAUCAAAGUCAGCAAAUGAGGUAGUCUUGAUGAUUGAGGCUUACAAAGCACUUCGUGAUAGGGCACCUUAUCCUCCAAACCAUAUGGUUGGCCAUCUUGAAGGCAAUUUCGCAUUCAUUGUCUUUGACAAAUCUACUUCCACCUUAUUUGUGGCUACUGACCAAUUGGCUAAGGUUCCUCUAUAUUGGGGAAUCACUGCUGAUGGAUGUGUGGCAUUUGCUGAUGAUGCUGACUUGCUUAAGGGUGCUUGUGGCAAAUCUCUUGCAUCUUUCCCACAAGGAUGCUUCUUCUCCACAGCUUAUGGUCAGCUGAGAAGCUACGAGAAUCCUAAGAACAAGAUUACUGCUGUUCCUGCAAGAGAGGAAGAAAUAUGGGGAGCCAAAUUCAUGGUAAUUAAUUUAAUUUACUUUUUUAAAAACUAUGUAUAUGUCAUCAUCAAAAAUCAAAACCCAUAUGGUGGAGGUCUAAAUCAUCCUUGUAAUCAAAACAAAACGAUAAAAUUUCAGUGGGGGAAAAACUUGUUCCUGAUAUAGUGGAAUGCAAAGGUCAAAAGAUGAUUGUUACAUGUGGGGUUUAAUUCAAUUUUAGCCAUGGAAAAUUGCAUUUUCGAUCCAAAAUUUUCCCUAAAUUCGUGUUUGUUGUCGACUUUUCUUUGAUGAUAUUUCUACUCAGGUGGAAGGACCAACAGUUCUUGCAGCCACAAAGUGAAAGAAAGAGGAGAAGGUGGGGAAAAGGACUUCUUCUGGGUUGGAGUUUUGGGAAAAAGGAAAUAAUGAGUAAAUUAUUAGUGGAGUGUGUUUCUUCUUCUUUGCUCUCUUGGUAGCUAAAGCUUAGAUGUUUCUUGAAUGAAAUGAAAAGAGGAUGGAUGUGAUGCCAAAAAAUGUGGUGUUUAAUUAGGGGACUAUUGUUGUUUGUUCCUUGCCUUUCAUUACUCUUUGUAGCCUUGUUUCAUAUUUUGUACAGUUUACUUGUUCUGUCCUGUGAGUAAUAAUAAAAAGCUUGCUUUCUUCUUCUUCUUCUUUUUUUUUUUUUGGUUAAUGAAUGAUGAAACACUACACUAAGUUAUACUCC